CAAAGUUUCAUUAACUUAUUUCGAUUAUGGGUCAUAAUGAAGUCUGCAGCACAGUACACAUAGCAACAAAUAGUCACAACUAUUCAGAUCCAGAAACAUUCAUGACUAUAAAUAUUCAUCUGGUAACAGAGACCAAAAUAAGUCCCCUUCUUGAAAGUUGUUAGAAAUGUGCUUGCUCAGAUUCAUACAUGCAGGCUUUUGUUAUAUUCUAUUCUAUUCUAUUCCAUUUGAUUCUUUUUGUAAGCAGUAAUAGUAUAAUACACACAUUAGGGCUUACUAAUUCAAACUUCUCGUUAGCUCACUCGGCGUUUUUGGAGAAAACCCUAGAUAUUGUCAUAGCCAGCUCGUCGUGUUGUCUGACGUCCGCCAUCCGGGUCGUGCUAAAACCUUAACAUUGGCUCUAAAAUCAAAGUGCUUCCACCUACAACUUUGAAAUUUAGAUGCACCUUGAUGAGUUCUACACUCCACACCCAUUUUGGAGUCUCUAGGUCAAAGGUCAAGGUCACUGACCUCUUAAAAAAAAAAUCUGACAAACUUUCAUGUAUUCAAAUCUGCACCCGUAGCCGAGCGUGGCACCCGUUAUGUGGUGCUCUUGUUUUAACAACUGCUUUAACAGGUUUUAAAGUGCUGGUUUAUAAUUCCUUUUAGCCUGUUACUGAAGAGCACCAAUUAUCAGAUAUUUGUUCAGGAACAUAAUGUGCAGGACUCCAUUCCUUUGUGUAAAUAAUAGUAAAUGAAGUCAAUGUCCUAUUUCUCUGUAUGUCUUGAAACAAAUUAAUUUUUAAACUGGUCAUCAAAUUUCUUUUUUUUUAUCUCCAAUUUAAUAUUCCCUUUUGGAAAAUAACCCAGCUUUUUAUACCCCCACAAACGAAGUUUAGGGGGGUAUAUAGGAGUGAACUUGAUGGUCGGUCGGUCUGUCUGUCAGUCCGUAUUAAGUGUCCGCUUUUCAUCUGAUCUUCACCAAACUUGGUCAGAAGUUGUAUCUACAUGAUGUCUAGAACAAGUUCGAACAUGGGCCUUGCCAGGUCAAAAACUAGGUCACAAGGUCACUUAGUGCGUUUUAAACAUUCAGCAUGUUGUCCGCUCUCUUAUUCAAGUAGUUGUCAUCCGAUCUUCACCAAACUUGGUCAGAAGUUGUAUCUACAUGAUUUCUAGGCCAAGUUCGAACAUGGGCCUUGCCAGGUCAAAAACUAGGUCACAGGGUCACUUAGUGCGUUUUAAACAUUCAGCAUGUUGUUCCCUCUCUAAUUCAAGUAGUUUUCAUCCGAUCUUCACCAAACUUGGUCAGAAGUUGUAUCUACGUGAUGUCUAGGCCAAGUUCGAACGUGGGCCUUGCAGGGUCAAAAAUUAGGUCACAGGGUCACUUAGUGCGUUUUAAACAUUCAGCAUGUUGUCCACUCUCUAAUUCAAGUAGUUUUUGUCCGAUCUUCACCAAACUUGGUCAGAAGUUGUUUCUAGAUGAUUUUAAGGCCAAGUUUGAACAUGGGCCUUGCCGGGUCAAAAUCUAGGUCACGGGGUUACUUAGUGCAUUUUUUAACAUUCAGCAUUGUGUCCUCUCUCUUAUUCAAGUAGUUUUCAUCCCAUCUUCACCAAACUUGGUCAGAAGUUUUAUCUAGAUGAUCUGAAGGCCAAGUUCAAACAUGGGCCAUGCCAUAUCAAAAACUAGGUCACAGGGUCACUAAGUACGUUUUACACAUUGAGCAUGGUGUCCGCUCUCUAUUUCAAGUAGUUUAAAUCGAUCUUCACCACACUUGGUCAGAAGUUGUAACAAGAUGAUGUGUAGGUCAAGUUCGAACAUGGCCCAUGCCGGGUCAAAAACUAGGUCACGGGGUCACUUAGUGUGUUUUAAACCUCACCAUGUUGUCCGCUCUCUAAUUCAAGUAGUUUUUAUCCAAUCUUCACCAAAAUUGAUCAGAAGUUGUAUCUUGAUCAUGUCUAGGGCAAGUUUGAAUAUGGGUCAUGCCGGGUCAAAAACAAGGUCACGGGGUCACUUAGUGCGUUUUAAACAUCACAAUGUUGUCCGCUCUCUAAUUCAAGUAGUUUUCAUCCAAUCUUCACCAAACUUGGUCAGAAGUUGUAUCUAGAUGAUGUCUAGGUCAAGUUUGAAUAUGGGUCAUGCCGGGUCAAAAACUAGGUCACGGGGUAUCUUAGUGCGUUUUAAACCUCACCAUGUUGUCCGCUCUCUAAUUCAAGUUGUUUUCAUCCAAUCCUCACCAAACUUGGUCACAAGUUUUAUCUAAAUGAUCUCUAGGACAUGUUCGAACAUGGGCCAUUGCGGGCUUAAAACUAGGUUAGGGGGUCACUUCGUGCGUUUUUUAACAUUCAGCAUGGUGUCCGCUCUCUUAUUCAAGUAGUUUACAUCCCAUCUUCACCAAACUUGGUCAGAAGUUUUAUGGAAAUGAUCUUAAGGCCAAGUUAGAACAUGGGCCUUUCUGGGUCAAAAACUUGGUCAAGGGGUCACUAAGUGCGUUUUAAAAAUUUAGCAUGGUGUCCGCUGGUUUUUGUGAGGACGACAUGCAAAAUAUUAUGUAUCAAUGCGGCAUGUGGGGGUAUUCGUCAGGUCUGUGACAAAGCUCUAGUUUACAUUUAAAGUUGUUAUGUCAAUUUUGCAAUAAUUUUGAUAGGACACACAGAUUUUUCUAGAUCACAGGACAGUCAUGUGACAAGUAAUGUGAACAUGUUGACAUUAGUUGUCCAAUAAUAGUUUAUGUUUUUACUGGCAACUCUGUUGAGUUGGCUGUUGUUGGUGACAAUUAAUGGUGAUGUCAUGUACACUUAACCCAUCCAGCCCUAGUUUCAUAUAUAUAUGUGUCCAAUAAUAUAUAGUGUGAAUUCCAAGCGUCGUUAGUACAAACAGCUUUGUUUAUAAAAUGUGCAUAUUUCAAAUAAAAAUGGUAUUUUAUACAUUAUUUUGGAAAUAAUAAAAUAUUUUUGUUUUGACUAAAAGUUAUGCAAGAUUUUGAAAUUUUCAUGUUACCAUUUCAUUUUCUUAAUUGGAAAUGAAAUGAUAAAAUGUGAAACAUGUGUCAUAUAAUUGGUUAACAAAAUAAGAAUACAAUACCUUAAAAACAAUCUAUCCUUUUUCACACAACUAGCAAUUAACAGAUAAUCUGUCAGGUAUUUAAAGACUAACAGGGUACUGAUCAUCUAGGGGUAGAUGAGGAAAGUCUAGGGGUUGCCUAGAGAUAAGGCUGUAAGAUGGAAUCAGUUAUAAUGUUCAAUAACUGGUUCUUCCUCAAUAAAUAUGUUAGGACUUACUUGGUUAAGCCAGUUACGCAGGUCUUGUACAUAAUAUUAUAUAAUAAUCUACCGGUAUACGCUCUUUACAAAACACAGUGUAAAAGUACUAACUUAAAUGUUUAUACAUUCAUGUUUGAUUUUCAAGAAUCACGUGAUGGCAAUUUCCAGAACAGUUGGAGUAUGUCUUAUAUUGUGACUCGUGUACUAGUUAUCCCACUAGAGGGCCUUCCAGCAGGGCACUAUUGUGACUUGUGUACUACUGUAGUUAUCCCACUAGAGGGCUUUCCAGCAGGGCACUAUUGUGACUUGUGUACUACUGUAGUUAGCCCACUAGAGGGCCAUCCAGCAGGGCACUAUUGUGACUUGUGUACUACUGUAGUUAUCCCACUAGAGGGCUUUCCAGCAGGGAACUAUUGUGACUUGUGUACUACUGUAGUUAGCCCACUAGAGGGCUUUCCAGCAGGGCACUAUUGUGACUUGUGUACUACUGUAGUUAGCCCACCAGAGGGCCAUCCAGCAGGGCACUAUUGUGACUUGUGUACUACUGUAGUUAUCGUACUAAAGAGCCUUCCAGCAGGGAACUAUUGUGACUUGUGUACUACUGUAGUUAGCCCACUAGAGGGCCAUCCAGCAGGGCACUAUUGUGACUUGUGUACUACUGUAGUUAUCCCACUAGAGGGCCUUCCAGCCGGGCACUAUUGUGACUUGUGUACUACUGUAGUUAACCCACUAGAGGGCCUUCCAGCAGGGCACUUUUGUGACUCAUGUACUACUGUAGUUAUCCCACUAGAGAGCCUUCCAGCAGGGCACUAUUGUGACUUAUGUACUUCUGUAGUUAGCCAACUAGAGGGCCUUCCUGCAGGGCACUAUUGUGACUCAUGUACUACUGUAGUUAUCCCACUAGAGAGCCUUCCAGCAGGGCACUAUUGUGACUUGUGUACUACUGUAGUUAUCCCACUAGAGGGCCUUCCAGCAGGGCACUAUUGUGACUUGUGUACUACUGUAGUUAUCCCACUAUAGGGCCUUUCAGCAGGGCACUAUUGUGACUUGUGUACUACUGUAGUUAUCGCUCUAGAUGGCCUUCCAGCAGGGCACUAUUGUGACUUGUGUACUACUGUAGUUAUCCCACUAGAGAGCCUUCCAGAAGGGCACUAUUGUGACUUGUGUACUACUGUAGUUAUCCCACUAGAGAGCCUUCCAGCAGGGCACUAUUGUGACUCUUGUGCUACUGUAGUUAUCCCACUAGAAGGCCUUCCAGCAGGGCACUAUUGUGACUUGUGUACUACUGUAGUUAUCCCUCUAGAGGGCCUUCCAGCAGGGCACUAUUGUGACUGGUGUACUACUGUAGUUAUCUCUCUAGAUGGCCUUCCAGCAGGGCACUAUUGUGACUCGUGUACUACUAUAGUUAUCCCACUAGAGAGCCUUCCAGCAGGGCACUAUUGUGACUUGUGUACUACUGUUGUUAUCCCUCUAGAUGGCCUUUCAGCAGGGCACUAUUGUGACUUGUGUACUACUAUAGUUAUCCCUCUAGAUGGCCUUCCAGCAGGGCACUAUUGUGACUCGUGUACUACUAUAGUCAUCCCACUAGAGUGCCUUCCAGCAGGGCACUGUUGUGACUCGUGUACUACUAUAGUUAUCCCACUAGAGAGCCUUCCAGCAGGGCACUAUUGUGACUUGUGUACUACUAUAGUUAUCCGACUAGAGGGCCUUCCAGUAGGACAAUAUUGUGACUUGUGUACUUCUGUAUUGAGCCCACUAGAGGGCCUUCCAGCAGGGCACUAUUGUGACUUAUGUACUACUGUAGUUAUCCCACUAGAGGGCCUUCCAGCAGGGCACUAUUGUGACUUGUGUACUACUGUAGUUAUCCCACUAGAGGGCCUUCCAGCAGGGCACUAUUGUGACUUGUGUACUACUGUAGUUAUCCCACUAGAGGGCCUUCCAGCAGGGCACUAUUGUGACUUGUGCACUACUGUAGUUAUCCCUCUAGAUGGCCUUCCAGCAGGGCACUAUUGUGACUUGUGUACUACUGUAGUUAGCCCACUAGAGCAGCAGGGCACUAUUGUGACUUGUGCACUACUGUAGUUAUCCCUCUAGAGGGCCUUUCAGCAGUGCACCUUUGGCCUACAUUUUAACAACAUGCAUGUCUGAAAAUUCAUCACACCAAUGUUACUUUUCAAAGUGGCAUUUUGGUCCAUUUGCCCGUGAAUUGCAAAAGAAAUUAGGGAUCUGAUUUCAUCAUAGGCCUCAUGUUUGUAAACCCUUUACCACUUAGAUACGUAUUUUCACUCAUUUGUAGUGCCUUAGAAAUAUAUAUUUAAUUUAAGACUUUUCUUACUAGAUUCAAGUUUUUAAGGAUUCAUUUUCAACCCUUAGAUACUGAUAAGCAGCAAACAGCAAAAAACCUGAACAGACUGUUAGUUACUCACAGGCUGUUCCGGUUCAAUGCUGUUUGCACAUAGCCAUGUCAACUUUGGCUCUGAGUGGGAAAGGUUAAACAAUAUGUUCAGGAUCUAUUUUUGAAUUUUCCACCUGAAACUUUGUUGCAUGUGACAGCGUGCAUACAAAUACAAAUAUGUUGAUUUUACUUCAAAGUCUUUUUAAUGAACAUCAAGAUUUCAAUUUGAUUAGUUUGAUUAACUUAAUUCUUGCUUUUGUUUUAAACACAAUUUAUUCUAUUUUAUCCUUUUGGAGAGAAGUUACACCAAUAUUGUUCUUACCAGAACAUUGCUGGAAGGCCUGUCCAUGCUGUGUAGAGAUAGAAGCAGUCUUCUUGUUGUUGUUGUUGUUUAUGUUGUCAUAUUAGGCAAUCAAUUUCUUAACAUACAGAAUUUUCAGACAGUGGUUGGAUUUUAACAACUUAGUUUUUUAUGUAACAUAAGGAUACAUGUAUUGUCUUUCCAUUACAAGAAAGAAACUCAUGAUUUUAGCAUAUUUUGCCAGUUGAAAUUUCAGGCCUAGAUAAGAAUUGCAUGUAGUUAAUAAUAAUUGAGCCUUGCUAUCAGAAAACCAGGCUUAAUGCUUGUGUGCAAGUCUCAUCCUGGAUUAGCCUGUGCUGUCAGCACAGGCUAAUGAGUGAUGACAUUUUCAGCUUAGACAGGACUAUAUAACAUUUAGAAGAGACUUUCUUAAAAAAAAUAAUUCCAUUAAAACUAAAAUGUCACGUUGGGACUGCACAUGCAUUAAGCCACAUUUUUCUCAGAGCAAAACUGAAUUAUAAAGUGCAAAUGGUACAUUUAUUUACAUGUUUUUCAA